AUGACCUAUCUCGAUUUCGAAUCAUUGUCAGGUUCGCCGCCUUCCCACAAGCGCGGAAGCCUUGUAACGAGCACCACGAAGAUCUUUCACCCGCCAGCACCCGCUGGGAUCACAAUGACCACUGUCGUCAGGACAGCUUGGGCGCUUUGCCUGGCGCACAUGGCCGGUACUGAUGACGUCGUCUUCGGUCAGCCCGUCAACGGCCGCAAUCUGGAGCUACCGGGGGUCGAAGCAGUUGUGGGAGCGUAUGUUAAUUACGUGCCAGUCCGAGUGACUCUUCAAGCUGCCUGCACCGUGUCAGACCUCCUGCACGCAGUUCACGAGCAACAGACCCGGAGCAUGGCCUUCGAGACAAUUGAAUACGACGAUCUGAUGGCACGGUGUACUUCCUGGGUGGCAGACACAGAGCCAGGUACCGGGAUUUACUACGUAAACAUCCCUGAUGUGUUUGCUGGUAGCGGCCUGCCAGGGGUCCAGUCGAACCAUGCAACAUGUAUUCCGCUUGCCUUAUUAUCACCCCCUUGUGGCCUGUAG